CCGCCCUGCUCGCGCUUUGUCUGUUCAUGGUUUGGGUUUGACAGCAGUGGUGUCUCGCGCGCGACCGGAAGUCGGAAAACGGCUCUAUUAAAAGGGCUUUACUGAAGGUGGAUGAGGGUGUGUAUGAGGUGGCCGCGCGACAGGAUGUGAGGUCAUGAUUAACCUUUUCCAACGCACCAUCCUGUGCUAGGGUGUGAUUGAGGAGCUCCGCCCCUCUCCACCCAGCAGCCAAUCAGGAUGCUUGAAGUGAAGCAUAUGAGCACGGAGAAGAAGGAGACUGCUGUGGGAACAGAUGAGGGAUGUAGUGUGUGUGUGAGCAGUGCAGACCCUGUGUAUGUGUACGAGACUCAGGACUGGAUGGUUUCUCCUGCCUGCUCUCCAGAUGAACAUAGCUCCAUCUCUCCACUGCUAGCUGAGGAGACGUUUCGCUAUAUGAUUCUCACCUCUGACCGUGUGGAGCAGAUGUCCAAGACCUACAACGACAUCGACGUGGUGACACACCUGCUGGCCGAGCGGGAUCGGGAUCUGGAGCUCGCUGCUCGGAUUGGUCAGUCGCUGCUGCAGAGGAACCAUGUCCUUCAAGAGCGCAACGAAUCACUGGAGGAGCAGCUCGCACAGGCACUGGAUCAGGUCCAUCAGCUGCAGCAUGAGCUGAUGAAGAAGGACGAGCUUUUGCGAAUGGUGUCGAGUGUGAGUGAAGAGAGUGAGACGGACUCCAGCUCGUCUCCGGCGCUCCCCCACGUGCCGUCGAAUCACACACUUGCGCACACACUGACGCUCAGCCAGCUGGAGGCACUGCAGGCCAAACUGCAGGAGCUCGAGGAGGAGAACAACAAACUACGGGUGGAGGCAAGUCAGCUAAAGAGGGAGACCAUCACGUAUGAGGAGAAAGAGCAGCAGCUGGUCAGCGAUUGUGUUAAAGAGCUCCGCGAGUCGAAUAGUCAGAUGGUGAGCCUGACUGAAGAACUUUCUCAGAAGAAUGAGGAUCUUAUGAAACAGCAGGAGGAAAUCUCCCAGCUCCUGUCACAGAUAGUGGAGCUCCAACAGCGCCUCAAGCAGUUAGCACUGGAGAAAGAAGAGUUAAGGAUUCAUUUGCAAGCCUCAAAGGAAGCCCAGCGACAGCUAACUGCUGAGCUAAACGAGUUGGCCGACAGGAAUGCAGAGUGUGUUGGGAUGCUGCACGAGUCUCAGGAAGAGGUUAAGGAGCUGCGCAGUAAAAACACUCCGUCUGCAGGCCUGCGCAGGCAUCUCUCACACAGCCUGUACCCCAUGGAGUGUCUGGCAGCUGAGAUUGAAGGCACCAUGAGGAAGGAGUUGAGUGUAGAGGAGGAGAUCGCAUUUCAGGACCAGAGGUUGAGCCAGAAGCGUGUGUUUCAAACGGUGAGGUCAACAAAUGAGUCAAUAAUGCGAGCCGCGGCAGGGAUGCCUCCUAUUGACUGCAGUGUGGUGAUGACAUCACAGCCGUUUCACUCCAGCACACACCCCACACCUGACAGAGACACACAGCACGGCACAGACGACAGUGUGAAUGUGGGCCGCCCGGGCUCUCCUGGAGGAAAUGACCUCGUCUCUGCGCUGCGUCGCCUCACUCUGAGGAGGCAGAAUUUCCUGUGUGAACGUCAGUACUUUCAGGCUGAAAGGAACAGGAAGCUUCAUGAGCUGUCUGACAGGGCGGAGUCAGAAGGUGGUGGGAGUGGCUGUAGCUCUCCAAUGGGAAGCGUCUGCUCGUCCUUCACCAACCUCUCGGAGUUCUCUGUGUCCUCGAGCUGCUUUAAGACAUUUUUGCCAGAGAAGUUGCAGAUUGUAAAGCCCAUGGAAGGCUCUCUGACCCUGCAUCACUGGCAGCAGCUGGCAAAACCUCACUUGGCCUCCAUCCUUGACCUGCACCCAGGUGUGGUCACUAAGGGCUUUCGGCCGCUUCCCCAGGAUGCCGUGUAUCACCUGAACGACCUGGAGGAGGAUGACGAGAACGACAGAGUGCCGUGGGUGGACAACACAAAGGGACAUGAUGAGAGGAAGACAGGAGAGGAGGGUGAAGAUGAAGGGAUCACAUUCAAUGUGCGCUUGUCCUCCACUCCAGAGGAAAGGAACAAGAGGAGUGUUUUCACGCCACUUCAAGCCCUGCCUCUUUCGCCAUCUGUAACAGCAUCUCCUGUCUCAGUGGCCGCAGCUGUGACCUUGGACACCGUAGCAAAAUCAGCGGCAGGUUCAACGACACUUCCCGUGUCCCAGACAAGCCUGGGUGUUACUACAGCAGCGCCCUCUGUAGUGAAUCCUGGUAAAUCUCAGAGUACCACCUUCUCCACCUACACCUUCACCACCUGCCGCAUCCUGCACCCCAGUGAUGUCACGCAGGUCACACCCAGCUGUGCCUCCACCCCGAGUUCUCUCCGCUCCGUUCCCUCCACCCCUGUCACUCCGUGCAGGUUGACUCUGGGUGACUCGUUUCCUCCUCGUCGCACCACAGUGCCCCCUGCUGGUUUGGCUAAGCUCCUGUUGGAGAAAGGCAUCUCUGCCCAGAAAGUUCCUGCUCCCUUCAAACUGCCCCGGCCCCUGCAUCUGCCCCCUAUUACCCCUCCCAACUCCCCCUGCUCUUCCCCUGUACCCUUUGACUCAACCUCCACGCUUUCUGACAACUUCCUGGCAUCACGGCCUGCCGAGAUCUUCCUGCAAGACGUAUACGGUGUGAAACCAGACCUCGUCGAACGCCUGCGCAAACUCGGAUUGGACAAAAAUGUCAUUCGGACGGAUUCGGACGCUGCUCAACAACCAUCCACUCUGUUACCAACAGGAGGAGGAAGCUUAUUGGUGGGUUUGAGACGGAACCAAAGCCUACCUGUUAUGGUUGGUCAACGUAGCCCGUCCUACCCUAAUCCACCCCCUCACCCCACCUCCCUUGCUCUACCUACACCACCCUGGGGUAACUUGAAACCACGUCCAACUCGUAGACAUGCCUCGCUUUCUCAAGCUCCUCUUCCUCAUGAGCAUUAAAGAGUUGUUCAGGGUUUGGGGCAAAAAAGGGACUGGUGGUGAUCGGAUGAAAAAUGUAUUUUGUGGGCAUGGAUGGGAUAAUCGCUGACCUUUCUUGACCUUUGCUCACCUUUCUAUAAACUAACAGACUAAAAGGCAUGAAAAGGAGACGGCCGCUCUUCUGUGUUGUGGCUUAUUUUAAAAAGCACAAUUGUGUAAAUAAUGUUUUGGCAUCGUUUUUGGUCUAGUUGUACGCAUCACCAGGAAACGUUGCAUGUCCUGAUUUACGUCAGCAAGGGUGGAAUUUAAGUGGUAGAGCUCAGCUUUGAGCACAUGACCUCACCAUGAUCUUUUUUCCAUUUAGUAUAAACACUAGUUUCAUUACAUAAUACAGUAUAUUAUUAUACAUACGAUGGAAUAAAAACAUGUGUUCUAUUCCCUUCUAGCGGGUUUCAUUCAUUUGGUUUGAUAGCAUGCAAUAUUGUUAGCAUAUCGCUUAUCCUAUGUGUCUUAUGUCACUCUAUCCAAUGGAGAAUGAGCGUUGAAUAUGGUUUACGAUAUUGCAUGGUCGUCAAGAUGACAUGACGUCACGCGUCGAAGACGUAAAACUUCCACGCUAGCGAGUGACUGACAAUUUGUACGUAAACAAACAUGGCUGCCAGGUUUGCGUCGUUAAAUACAGAGGAUUUUGAGAGAAUUUUGAAAGAGAAAGACGCGUUGAACACCCAAAAGGAAUGUGUAAUAAUAAUAAUAAUAAUGGCUUUUUCGUGGUAUAUCAGAUAUAUUCCAUUCAGCAACUUGUUCAAUAUUGUGCUAGCUGAAUGGAAUAUAUCUGAUAUACCACUCGAUGCCAGCCAAUAUUAUUUAAAUAUCUAAUGGUAGCUAUCUUACUCGUGAACUCUACAAUAUGUUGGCCUAACUUUGCAUUCUAGCGACCUUGGUACCAGGUUCUAAUCACACAAUAUGAUAAUUAGCUCAAUGGUAUCUUGUUAAAUAGCUUACUUGACCAUCGCUAGCUUGUAAGUAAACAUGACUAGCUACCAUUGGUGAGGCCCUUGUUAACUCAGGAAUGAUGAUGUGCAGGAACCAUUGAUGAAAUUUUUGCGCUAACGUUUUAUUUUCCCCCAUCAAAUUUGACUCUUGCGUUCACCAUUCACUCUUUCCACGUUUAAAUGUCUCAGCCGCAGUUUAGCUGCAGUUGUAUUCGUGCUGUCCGUUUACUGUAUGCUCGAGGCUCUGCGGGUCGAGAAAGGUGAGAGAAAGUCGAUCAGGGAUACUGCAUGUAGGGUGGAGUGAUUGAAAGGAAUAAAGAAAGUGUGUGACGGAAUGAAAAUUGGUACUUUUCAUGUGGAUUUAUUAACGCGUAGAUGGCUUGUGGUUAAGUUGAACAGGAAGCAAGAUAAAGAUGGAUCAUGAAGGAGAGGAACACGUGAUUUAAAAAGAGCAAUAAGAAUGGAAGGAAUACGUGAAAUGAUGAGCUUGCAGAGCCUCUAGAAUGGAAGUAGUACUUGAAUUCACUGCCGGUUAGUUUCCGUAAUGUUGUUACCGUGUCUGUAACUCCUCACCCAUUCUGCCAUCCUAGUCAUAAUUUUACCCCAAAGCACAUUUUACACCCUGAUUUCAUGAUCACUAGUCUAUCAGGAAUUUAAAUGCAUUAGGGAAGAAGCUUUUUUUUUUCCCGAAAGAUUGGGUAGGUUCGACAUUUGAACGGUGCCUGCUCAUAUUUACGAAGCUCCGCCCCCAGGAUCUGUGGCGGCCUGUCGAGUGUUUUAUAAAAUGACCGACCGGAAGCAUAUCCAAACAAGCGUUCCGGACUGGAAAUCGGUUUUCCAAAUGAGUUUUCCUUGUGACUUGAUACACAUUUGCUAAGGCCAUGGCAUUAUCCAUUGUUUAUGUGGGUUUUUUUGUUUGUUUUUGUUUUCUCUACAUGUCAUUUGAGGUUACGCAUACAAAUGAGGAAUUAAAAAAAAAAAAAAAGCCUAGUAAUAAAAAAUGACGAUGAAUUACCGUGCAUAUUUAAUUUGUAUUGUGUUUUUUCUAAAGGGAAUGUGUACGAGUUUACUUCACAUUUUUACACGCGCGCGCGCACACAGUGGCACAGUAGUUCAAUCCUGAGCUCCAGUUACUGUCUGCCUGAAGUUUUACAUGCUCUUUCUCAUCGUGUCUGUGUGGGUUUCUUCCAGCUUCCUUCCACCUUCCAAAAACAUGCUAGUAGGUGGACUGGCUACUGUAAAUCGCCCCAGAUCUAAAUGACUGUGUGAAAUGCGUUUUUGCAUUGUUCGGGACUCCCUAAAGUGAAUGACGCAUGAAAUGGAAUGACGAAUGACAGCUAGUGAUUUGAACAAUAAAUGGUCCCUUGUCAUUCAGAUUCUUAUAAAUGGAAUAACGAUUGAAAUGUAGGUGGAAUGACAUGCUUUCAGCUCAUGAAAUGGAAUGACAUUGUUUCUAAGUGGAAUGACAUACUUUUAGGUUAUGUUAUCAGUGAUAUCACCUUUUACAAAUGGAAUGACAGCGUUUCCAGGUGGAAUGACGUACUUUGAGGCAAUGUUAUCAGUGAUGUCACCUAUAACCUAACCCUAACCCUAGAAACAAUGUCAUUCCAUUUGUUAAUUUGAUAUCACUGAUAACAUUGCCUCAAAGUAUGUCAUUCCACCUAGAAACCUUAUCAUUCCAUUUGUAAAAGGUGAUAUCACUGACAACAUUAGCUCAAAGUAAGUCAAUACAUAUAGAAACCCUGUCAUUCCAUUUGUAAAAGCUGAUAUCCCACCAAGCACCCACUUAUCCUAGGGAGGUCUAAAACUAAAGAUUUCAAUCGUUAUUCCAUUUGUAAGAUGACAAGGGACCAUUUAUUGUUCAAAUUUACUACCUGUCAUUCGUCAUUCCAUUUCAUGCGUCAUUCACUUUCGGGAGUCCUCAUUGUUCCCUGUGAUGGCCUGCCAUCCCAUCCAGGUGCCUUGGAUAGGCUCCAAAUACUCCACAACUCUGACCAGGUCAUUAACGCACUCAAUUUUUGCGACUUCAAUCCAGUGUGUUGUGAUCAGCUGAGAGCAGGAACAUAACACACAGCGAUUAUCAAUACCAGCCAGUCUGAAUGGUACUUUCUCAUAACACUUGGUUGCAGUGCUGCCUUUUUACCGUCUGUGCUUUGCCGUUGAUGUUUCUUUCCCCCCAUUCAAUGCACCUUUUUAUUUUAAUCCACUUUCCUAAUUAUUUUUAUUAUGAAAUUACGACACAGUAUCUACAAACAAGAGAACGUAACCAUAAGCUAGUGGCAUGAAGUAAUUUUAUGAAGCACUUUGAUUUAGCAGAGAUAUUUCAUAAUAUAUGUUGCUAAUGAAUGUUAUUUUGGUGAGUUGAGAAGGGAUUCACUUUUAAAACCUUUUUGCGAUGGUCCAAACCAAAAUGAAACAUGAGUUGGCCAGCGCUUUUGCUGGUUGGGCUUUAUUACUGUUAUUUUUAUAAUUGUCAUUCUUUUUUUGUAAACUAAACUUGUAUGUACAGUAUGUUGUUGCAAAGUCUUGAUUUUUGUGCCAUUUUUAAUAGCCAUUGGAUAAUGCACUGAAACAAGGCGGGGCUUGUAACGUCCCCAAGAUACUGGCUUGAGAUAUUUAUCACAUUUAAUAUUGCUUAAAUAAAUUGCUGAAUGAAUUUAUUGCCAUGUGUUGUACUGUACAGGAUUUACACAAUGUUGGACUGUUGCAAAGAAGCACAGCGUAUAAUUUGGAUUCGAUUGGCUCUGUGAUCAAUGUUUGUAAUAGUAAAUUAAAUGAUGGAAUAUUAAAUAAUUGUUUACACCAAAUUUAGUCUGGCACUGGAGCUACAAGGCUAAUGUUGCUAAUAAGCACAAAGCUUUUCUGUGUAUACAUGCGCACAAUUUUUUUUUUUUUUUUAUAUAUACUUUCUCAAAUGACAAAGAUAAUUACAUUUUUAGUACACCAUUUUUAACAAAUGGGUAGCAUAGCCUACAAUUCAGAAAAUGAGGUUUAAAGUUUAAACCACAGUAAAAUGUCAGCUUUCUGUUGUAAGGCUUUCAAAUGAUAAAAUUCUGGUUGUCCAAAAUGGCUGCCCAAGUCGCCUGAUAUUUUGUUCAUGUUUAUAUAUGAUGCACAGCAAGUCCCGCUGUGUUUUAAUGACGUAUAUUUCUGGAAAAGUUUUUGGAAGACUAGCUGAGUAGCUCCAGGACAAAACUAACCAGUGUUGGACACAGAACAUGUCUGAGCUGGCACCAAGUGCGUCUUAGCCACACAGAUCCUCUCCCUCAUUCUUGCGUCUUAGACACGCCAGGUGAGCGAUGGAGAUGAUGUGCUGGUUAUGAAGAUGUGUUUGAUAUUCAUUUGAAAAGCACAGAGAUAUGACUGUUGUCCUGUCUAAACGCCAAUCAGUGCUGUUUUGUUGCCUCCUGUUAUUUUUAAAUAAAGCAUUAAAAAAAAUA